GCGUGCGGCGCCCUUCAAAGACGGCCAGCAUCCGCGACUUCCAACUUUUCGAGCUUCUCCUCAAGCCCUCAUCCGAUACUGCUCAUCUCGAACGCAGCCUCAGACCGGCGGAUACAGUACAAGAUACAGUACCCGCAGCAACCCAACGAACCACAGUGUCCAGAAGGCGUCCCAUGCUCCCAAGCCACUCGCCCGGCAAAAGCAACGACUCAACGUCCAGAUCCAGAGCCACAGCCAGAACGAGCCAGGCCUUGAGGAGGAUCACCGUCGAAUCAGUAUGACAUGACUGGAUAGUCGCCAUGACUCGCCCCAAAGUCGACCCUGACAAAAGGCAGCGAACUGCCCAAGCAUGCGAGUCUUGCAAGCGGAGGAAACAGAAAUGCAAUGGAGUAAAACCUUGUCAGACUUGUGCAAAACGAGGCCUGAGUUGUGUGUAUGGAGCCUCCGAAGAUGAUGCCGAUGGGAUACUUCCUUCACCGAAGCGUCGGAUGGUUGACCCUCCCUCGAACGGACAUACAUCCGGCCCUGCUCAUCAGAUAUCCCCGGAAACUGGCCACACCCAGUCAAGCCCCCAAGCCCCCCAAUGGACUUCAGUGACUGAUAGCCAUAGACUGAUAGUCAAUGAGCUUCAGGAUGACGAUGUGAAGUUGGCUGCUCCGCCGAAGGGCCUCUUCCUGGAAGGCCAAAGAGAUGCGCCCAAGGCAGGACUCAACAUUCCCGGCGCUGAUUCGGCUCUGGUCUCUGCGGGAUCUGUGAGUGAGAAGGAUGAGGAGGCUGAGGUGUAUAAUUAUACUAGAAUGCUCCAAGACCCCAGUGGGCGAUUGUUAUACAUUGGCGAUUCCGCUACCCUGUCGUUCCUUCAAUUGAUACGAAUGAUUGUCGACAAUGUUGCAGGCCCGUCACCUUUCACUUUAGACCCCAGACGACACAGAAUUGUCGAAAACAUCAUCACUUUACCAGAAAACAUUCGACAUACUCACCUGCUUCCUGAUAGGCAAACGGCCAAUAUUCUUGUCGAAUCGUAUUUUACAAAUAUCAAUGGACUAGUGGAGGUUUUCCAUCGAAAAUCAUUCAUGACCACCCUCGACACGUGCUAUUCAGAUCCACUGAGCGUGGACCCGAAUUGGCUUUGCUUGUUGUUUCUUGUCCUCGCGAUCGGUCUCGUCAUGGCUGCUCCAUCACCUGGGACUCGUGAGGAUGCAAUCAUACAAAAGCUGAAAGGGGAGCGAGCAGAUCGGGCCGAGGUCUUCUACUUAGACGCUAAGCACCUUAAAGAUCCGUCAGCAGGGUUUGAAGAUGCGGGAUUCUGGAGCAUACAGGCACUGACUCUCAUGGCCGUGUAUAACCUAGCGGUCUCCAAAAGGAACGCAGCCUAUGCGUUCUACGGCAUGGCCGUACGUUCUGCUUUCGCUUUAGGCCUCCAUAGAGAAGAGACAAUGUGUAUCUUCAGCAGUGCUGAACAGUCCAUUAGAAGGAACCUUUGGCGUUCUUUAUUUGUUCUCGACCGGUUUCUGGCCGCUUCACUUGGUCGACCAACAGCCAUUCGAGAAAGCGAUUGCUCAGGCACCACUUUAUCUACUAGAGAGAAAGCUCCUUUCCCUCAGGCGCCAUUUCCAACAGCUGCAAACGCAAACUUCACUGGGCCUCAUGCUCUCGGGCUUGAGGCGUCGGUGCGUAGUUGUCACGUGAUUGGUGUCAUUCUUGAAAAGGUCUACUCCAAGAGGAAGAUUUCCACAAAGAUCGCACAGGAAAUUGCAGAUGCUUGCAAAGCCUGGAAUAAAACCCUAGAUCCGUCAUUACACUACCAGCAGGCAAAAUCUGCCAGCCCAGCUCAAGGAAUUGCGAUUCUGCAUGUCAACCUUCUGUACUGCCAUUCAAUUGUUCUACUUACUAGACCGUUCUUCUUGUUCGUUAUGUAUAAGAUUCAUCAAGAUCCAACCAAGGCCGGUCAGCGUUCGGAAAGAUCUAGCUCCAGAAUGGACAAGUUUGCGGAGGCCUGUGUGAUUUCCAGCAGUCACAGCAUUGCCUUGGUUCAGACGGCUUUGGAGGGUCGAUACUUGCCACAUCGAACUCCCUUCGUCCUUUACUUCCUUUUUGCAGCUGCUCUCAUAGUUCUUGCAAAUGAGUUUUCGGGCAUCUAUAAUAAUCCAUCAGCAAAUUCGAAUAUCACAAAUGCGAUCAACAUCAUGCAUUAUUUUGCUCAGCAAGAUCCGCAAGGAAGCCGGCUACUCUUCAUUCUCACCUCCUUCCGAGACGUUGUCCAGAGAGAGCAAGCCACACGUGAUCAGCAGACUCUCAGCGAACAGCAAGCUCAAGCUCAGGCCCAGACAUUCGCACAACAGCAACUGAUCCCCGUGAAUGACGCUAAUGACCCUAUGGAUAAACUCUUCCAGGGGAAAGGCACACAUGCGUCAGAACAUCCAUCCGCUGCGACCGACCCAAUUUCAGGUCGGAACAACUCGACCGCAAGCCUGAGCCCGGCCAAUGUCACAUCUCAACUACCUAUGCAGCGCAACUCAUCUAGCUCGAACGAAACUCUCUCCCCAGGCGACCCGGACAUGAUGGCAUUUCGCCACAACUCUCUCGACGCGUUCUUCGACCUCGCCCGUACCUCCAGCCAUCCGCACAGCACAGAUAGCGUUCAUGAUAGCGACUCUCUGGGCGACGCAGAGAUCGAUUUCGAGUCCCUGUGGCAGUGGCCCAGCUCCAACGGGUUGACGGGCUUGACGCCGGGCCUGGGGCCGGGCCUGGGAUUGACGUCCACACUUGGGCCGGGUCAGAGUUCGGUGCUGGCGGCCGUGCCGAAUGGAAUUGAUAUUCAGGGGAUUAGUGAUAGUAGCGUGCCGCUGUUUGCGAUGAGGAAUGGUGAGUUUGGAGGGAAUUGAUAUGGGAGAGGAAGUUUGGUAGUAUUAGGGGUAGGGCAUCGGACAAAAGUGCGUUUUUGCUAGGGUUUGACAAAAGGAU